AUGACACUCCUGCCAACGAUUCUCGACAAGACCAUGGUCUUCCUCCAACGUCUUGACGGCUUUUGUGAGACUGGCGAAGAAUUCCGCAUGGACGAAGUUUGCGGAGCACUCACGUUCGACAUCAUCGGUGCUGUUACCAUGGGAUUGGAUUUGAAAGCACAGGUUCCGGGCCAGCAUCAUGAGAUCGUGCUUGCUUUCCAACGGCUCCUGGGACCAUAUGUCAAUUACAGACGCCGAAACAUACCGUUUCUGAACUGGAGGAACGAGCGACGUCGCCGCCAGUACGGAAGCGAGCUGGACAGGCUGGUGAAGGGAAUCAUUCGGGAAAGCUACGGUCGGAUCAUCUCCAACAACGCGAAAUCGCGCGACGUGCUCGCUCUCAGUCUGGAGGGCACCGAAGAGCUCACCCCGGAGCUCCUACAGGUGACGAGCGACAACUUACGUUCGUUUCUGUUUGCCGGCCAUGACACGACCAGCAUUCUCUUGCAGUGGGCCAUCUACGAACUGUCAAGGUCUCCGCGACAACUCCAAUCUCUCUGCGCAGAGCUCGAGGAACUGCUGGGCAGCGACACGGAUCCCGCCGCGACGAGGGAGAAGCUUCUUCGUCAGCCGGACAUUUUGAACCAGAUGCCAUACACUGCAGCCGUCAUCAAGGAAACACUGCGUCUGUACCCGCCGGCGGGGUCGGUGCGCAUGUCUCCUCCGGGGACCGGCUUUCGGCUGAGACUCCCCAACGGAGAGUACAUUGCGGCCGAUGGGGUCUCCAUGAUGAUCUCCCCGGGUCAGCUGCAGAGGGAUCCGUCCGUUUACGGGGAGACGGCACACGACUUCCUGCCCGAGAGGUGGCUCAACGACGCAUCUAGCAUACCGGCCGGUGCCUGGAGGCCUUUCGAGAGGGGCCCGCGGGGCUGCAUUGGUCAGGAACUUACAAACAUUGAAGCCAAGAUCAUCUUGGCGUGCGUGGCGCGUCGGUACAGCUUCGUCAAAGUUGGACUUGGAGAGCUGGAGCUGGAUGAGAAGGGGAGUCCGAUCACGGAUGAACGAGGGUAUUUCAAGACUAAAUCCACUCUUUUCAAUAGCACUCAGAUCAUCGCCAAACCUGUGGACCGCACAGUGAUGAAAGUUAGGUUCAGGCAGUAUUAG